UCAGCUGAUUUCUGCAUUUCCAGAUGGGGUUUCUACGGGUUCUAUUGCUGACGGCUGGAGCCGUUUUGACUUUUCCUCUUUGGUCUUUGUCCUUGGCCGCUUGGGUGGCUUACCUUUAUUUUUUCAGGUCUGACUUUCCUCCUCGAUUGGGCCAUCCUUUGAAGAUUAGGCUCUUUCAAAUUGGAUUCUUGACGGCCUAUGGACUAGGCUACAUAGCAUGGAAGAUUGGCCUCUGUGGCGAACAUACAGUUAUGAGGAAGUUAACAGACGGGAUCCCACCUGGUAAAGAUAAGAAGCUUCAUAUUGAGAAUCUCCAGUUUCAAGGCGUGCCUGUGAGGUUGUACCAAACAAAAGCUCUUCACUCAAAGCAGAGAAAAGGAAUGCUCUUCUUUCAUGGAGGAAUUGGCAUGUGGGGCAGCAUCGAUUCCCACGAAAGAAUGUGUCGCUUUUUUGCCAGGGAAAGUGACUCAGUGGUUGUCUCCGUUGGGUACCGUCUGUCUCCCGAGUACCCAUAUCCUUUACAGUUCAAGGACUGUCUUGAUGCUACCAUCCAUUUUAUGAAGAAUGCAGAGGACUAUGGAGUGGAUCCAAAGUGUGUCAUAAUUGGUGGAGACAGUUUAGGGGGCACAUUCGCUGCUGCAACUUGUCAAGAUCUUGUCAAGAGAACAGACCUUCCCAAAGUACGCGCUCAAAUCUUGCUCUAUCCUUUUCUACAAGCCAUAGAUUUCAAUUUGCCUUCACAUCAGCAAAACCGGUUUGUACCCCCGUUUUUCCAAAGAAUAAUAGUGGAAGCAGGGCUGCAGUAUCUCGGGAAAGAAAAAUCAUUAGCAAAAGAGAUCAAGAAUGGAUCCCACAUUCCUGAGGAUGUGAAAAUGAAGCUGAAGAAUUGGAUAAAUCCAGAUAUUAUCCCACAGGAAUUCAAACACAGAGGCUACAAACCACCCCCACAGGCUGUCUUCUCACCUGAAAUUCACCGACAAGCUCAGGAGGCGUUCGAGACCACAUUUUCACCCCUUAUUGUCGAUGCUGAUGUCAUCCGGCAGCUCCCAGAGAUGUACAUUUUAACUUGUGAAUACGAUGUCUUUAGAGAUGAAGGAUUACUGUACAAAAAAAGAUUAGAGGAUGAAGGGGUUCCUGUGACUUGGUACCAUCUUGCAGAUGGAUUCCAUGGAGCACUAAUAUCCAUUGAUCUUCCCCUGUUUUCUUUUUCAUGUGCCAAAAGAGGAAUGGACAAUAUAGUGGAUUUUAUAAAAAGGUUAUAAUAAGUGGUCUAAUCUAGUGCCACUGGUUAUCUUGUCAACUGAGUAGAAGGGGAAAAAAAAAACACUCGACAGUAUAUUCUUUUGC